AUGAUAAAUUCAAAGAGGCUAGUUCAACUGGCAAAGAAGUGGCAACAUAUGGCAGCCCUUGGGAGAAGGAGGCGAACAAUAAUCACAACGAUCAAAGAUGGCAACCUAUACUGCACAUCAGCCAUAGCGAACAAGGGUCACUGUGUCGUCUACACAGCUGACGGUAAGCGAUUUGAAGUCCCUUUGGCGUAUCUCAAUACAAACGUUUUUGUGGAGCUCCUGCGGAUGUCCGAGGACGAGUUUGGGUUCACAAGUGAAGACAGGAUCACAGUGCCUUGUGAGGGCGAAGUGAUGGAGUACGUGAUGUGCUUGCUUAGGAGAAAGCCCUCAGAAGAAGUGGAAAGGGCGGUCCUUAGCUCUGUUGUAAUGCCAUGCAACUGCAUGAGUAGCAUGACCAUGGUUUCCAAGGGUCUUAACCAGUCACUAUCUAUAUUUUAG